AUGGACGGCGUCCAUCCCUUUGCGGAAAAAGCCGGGGAGGUGCCGGCCGCCGAGGCUGACGCUGCUGAGCGGAGCCACGAAGGGAUGGAGCGGGGAGAAUUUGGAGGCUGGGGCAUCCUCUACAGCACUGUGAGCUGGAAUGGGACCGCACUGGUGCCCAAGUCCUUCAGCCACAUCUCCCUCUGCUAUUUUGUCUCGGCCGUCUCCGUCGUGGUGGCCCUGUACUGCUUCUCGUUGCUCCUCUACGGCAUCUACGGCUGCUGCACCAACGAGUCCCAGUGGGACCGCACCUGGCUCAGCAUCGCCCUGGUCGUCGCCUUCAUCAUCCUCCUCUUCCUCCUUAUCGCAGCCUGCAUCCUCCGCGUGGGGAUGGAUGCUCUCUGCGCCUCCAUCGUGCAGACCAAGAGCCUGUCCAGCUGCCAGGAUGCUGAGCACAAGCCGUGGGUGUCCUACAGCCCAACCCGCUUCUACAGCAACCUCUACAGCGCGCAGGCAUCGGCCUGGGUGAACGUGUUCCUCUGGUGCCUGCUGACCACCCGGCUGCUGGUCCAGCGACGGAGGGAGGGUCCUUUCCCGCUGCUGCGUCGCAACGAUCCCGAGUGGAGUGCCGAGACGGAAGCCAUUUUCGGGGGACGCCCGAUACAGCCCUGA